AUGAAAGGCAAAAUGAAUUCUCCAAGACUUCAAUAAGGAAUUUUGUCAGGAGAAGGAGUAGAUAGAGAAGUGGAAGCAUAUUUGAUAGAUUAAUCAUCUGGACAUUAUCAUAAUGGUAAUUUUGAAGAUAAGCAAUUUAGUACCUAUAACUGAUUAUGAUUAAUUUUUUCAUCCUGCAUUUCAUGCGGCUGAACAAUACAAAUAAUUUUAGUAUGAAAAAAUUCCCAUUAAAGAGGGAUCAUUUCAACUGUACAUAAAACAUGACGAUAAUGUUGGAAAUUUUGGAAGUGGUUUGUAUCCUUCUUUUGAAGCAAGAAAAUAGCCAUCUUAGAUAUUAGAAUUCUAAAUUGUGAUAGAAAUGAAGAAAAUAUUUUGGUUAGAAAAAAGUAAUAUUAUAAUAAUAUUGUUUUAUUUUAGAAAAAUUAAUUAAACCACUGGUUAAACUAGAUAAGCUUAUGAUUAUUUUCUUAUACCUAUUGAUUAUGGUUAUACAUUUCCAGAUUGUUUCAAAAUAUGAAGAGAUGAAGUAGUAUGGUAUCAAUAGGGAUGAAUGACUUAAAAAUUUACUUAAGAAGAAAAGUGUUUUAUUGACAAGAUUGAUCCGAUAAAAGAUGUUCAAAUAUUGAGAGAGAAGGUAAAAUUGAGAGAAAUUUGUUUGAGAAAUGUUAGAAUAUCUGCAACUUUAUUAAAGCUUUGUGCAUAAGUAGAUUUAACCAUCCACAUAUUUCUUAUUUAAAAUAAUUAAUUUAAUAGUGAAAUAUUAUAUAGAGAAAAUCCGGAUGAAUUAUCAACUAUUGAAAUUGCUAUUAAUAAAGCUGAAUACAAUUAAGAGUAAGUUAAUAUAUUUUAUAACCAGUAAUAAUAUAAGAGUGCCGAAAGGAUAUUCAAAUUUAAAAGAAAAAAUAUUUUCAAAUAAUUUAAUAAAAAAAUCUUUUGAAUUUGAUUCUUUUACUUUAUAAAUUCAAGAGAGACCUAAAUUAGAAGAGAUCCUCCAAGAUGAGGAUGAAAACUCAAAACUUAAUAAUGAUACAAUGAUCAAAGAUAAUUAGAAGAUUUAAACUUCAGAUAAAAAAUUAGCUAGAGUUCAAUCUUAACAAGUAAUUAAAAGAUAUCCAAACCCUAUUGAAAAAGUCUGGAAUGAUGAUUUCUUCUCUCAUGUUAUUUAUUUCUUGCAACAAAUUAUUGAUGGUAAGAUUUAGGAAAAAUCCCAAUCUCCUCAUAAAUAUAGAGCAAGGUACAUCAAUGA